CGUGACUUCCAUUAAAGAAGAAGGCGAGAGGAGCAAACAGGGAGGAAAUAAAGUUAAAGUAUUCAGUCAGACUCCAUUUUAAAGUCAACAGAGCAGAAGGAGGAAACAGUCUGAGGCAGGGUUUUCGCAGGACAAACAGCUCAGCGUCCAACGUUAUCAGCUGACCAUUCAUGAACUCCUGUAGAGCAGGAGGCAUAAUAGUGAAACUUAAAGAGGAGCUCUUGAAAACUCUGCAAGACUUAACUGAAGAUGACUUUCUAAAGUUCAAGUGGUUCCUGGAGCAGGAUAACAUCCUGGAGGGCUUUAAAGGCAUCCCAGUGGCUCAGCUGGAGAAAGCAGAAAGGCAGGAAACAGUGGAUCCAAUGAUACAGAAACAUCAGGGUCCUGGAGCUCUGAAGCUGACCGUGAAGGUUUUAGAAAAGAUCAACAGGAAUGAUCUGGUGCAGCAUUUACAAAACUUCUGCCCAGAACCAAAAGGACCGUCCACAUCCAACACAACCCUCAAUGUGUCUGAGGACAACAGAGAGGAUCAGCUGGAUCCUGAUGAUCCAGAGAGGUUGUUCAGAGAGGACUUCAGACCCAAAGUGCUGACUGAGUUUGCAAACAUUUCAUACAGCUCCGCCCCCUGAAGGUCUGCUGUCUGUCGCCCACAUCGCUGAUGAUGGAAUGAGCUUCCUGGAGCCGCUGGAGAUUACAGACACUCAUGUGGUUGUGAACGUCCCUCAUCUCUCUGCCUUUGGCCUGGUCCAGGAUCUCGCUAUAUUUCUGAACAUCACAAUACGAAUUAAUGGCUGGGUUCUGCUGUUCCUCUGACCUCCAGGCAGACAUCAUUGAAUACUCAAUGUAUUUCUGCUGCAGGACAACAUUCCUCUGGACGAGAUAAAACUAUCUGUCAUACAGUUAAAGCCAAACAAGGAGAAGCUGAGUACAUUGAGAGCUCUUCUGACUGUAAUCUCAUCAAUGGUCAAAGUUACAGUGUUCACUGUGAUGAGGCCUCCACAAUACAGCCUGAGCAUGAACAAUUUUGCCCAGAGUAUCUUCCAAAUUUCCACCCAACAUUUGAGGUUUUCCUCCCCAUAAACCAAGAGGAAGUGACUUUGAUGGUCAAAGACAAAAAGGUCCUGGUCCGGCAGAAACUCAGAGUGUCCCUGCAGAAACAAAGCUGAAGUCUGUUCGGACACAGUUUAUUGAGGGUGUGUCUGAACCUGUUAUACACCAGCUGCUGGAUAAACUCCUGCAGCGUGGGGUCAUAAAUGAUGAUGAAAUGGAGUCUGCCGGAACACUGAACAGAGCAGAGAAAGCACGACAGGUUAUCGACAUGGUGCGAGGAAAAGGAAGAGACGCCAGUUCAGCUCUGAUCACUGCUCUCUGUGAGGUGGAUCGGUGUCUUUCAACAGAGCUGAACUUACAGUAGCAGAAAGUCUCCCUCCAACAUCUUCAGUUCUCAGGUGUUUCUUUAUCAUUAAAUGUUUUGUAAGAAUCUUAAAACUCACAACACUGUGCUGCAGCAGAAUUCAGGCUUUGAAAUCAAACAACUAAAUUCUGUGUUUUCAUAAUGUUUGAACAAAAGGUUUCAUUUCCAGGUCAACUCUGUGCUCUGUUCUGUAAAUGAAUCAUAUAAGUUGAAGACGUAUCCUGUUUGACUCAUUAAAUACUGGAACAUGCAGCUGUGAGAUUAAUGAAUAUGUGUAAUGUUGGAACUUUAAGGGUUAAUAAAUCACAUUUAUGUCCCAAAUCAUCA